GAUGUACGUGAUAGACAGACAUGUAAGGUGAAGAGAUCUCCACAGAAAGACACUGGACUGGAUGAGAAAAAAGAGGAAGCGAUCGGUUACACAGCGAAACAAGAACAAUCCAUCAAAGCCCCACAUAUCCAAGUCACUGAGCUUUGGAAACCAACAAUCCUGUUAUUUUGAGAUGAGAGAGAGUGAUAACACGAUAAAUGGAGAGAAAUAAGAAAACCCCUGUGCUGUUUCUUCUUCUUGCUCUGCUUCACGUCUGCACCACCAGAUCACAGGACUGUCCCAGCCUCCCAAACAACAAUCUCACCUGCUACAGUGACUACAAUCAUACCAUCACUUGUGUGUGGAACAGCACAUAUGUGUCUGAUCAUGCAGACACUGUGUGCAAAAUACACGCCAAAAAAGUCAAAGGUAGACCUGCGUACAGUGCUUCCUGUGACCUGAAGCCUGUUGACAUCUCCAGACCAAUGCUAAAGAAGUGCUCCCUGGACUUCAAAACACACUGGAUUUUUAGGACCUUCCAUGAGUUGUCCAUUAAUCUGAGCUGUGAACCUGUGAAGCAAAGUUUACACAUUUCUUACAAGCCAGCUUGUCACAUUAAGCUGAAUCCGCCGCCAAAACCAGAUGUCAACUCUACUGCAAUUUCUUGGUUCCCACAAGUUAACAAACAUGAAAAAAUAACACGUUACAACUCCCAACUACAGUGGAAACGAGAGGAUUGCUCAUGGAGUGAUCCCUCUGUGAAGACAGAAAAUAAAGAAUGUGACUGGAGCUUAACAGUGGCGCAGAUCCCUGACUCAGAUUUGCUGAUGGGGGAGAGGUACGAGGCACGUGUUCGAGUGCAAGGCAGGGAAAACUGGGCCAAGUCAACCUGGAGUGACUGGAGCCCCGUUGCAUCUUGGGAGUCCACCGUAGGAAAAACAAAACCAACUUUAGAUGGUACUGAAAUUUUAUUUGGCGUUGUUGCAGCUGUGCUCGCAUUUGCCGUCCUUCUGACUGUCGCUAAGACUGACAAAACUACCUGGAUUUACAUGGUAAAGAGAAUCAGCGGCCCACCCCUACCGAACCCAGCAAAGUCAUUCCUACAGGAUGUAAAUUUCCAGAAUUGGUUGAGCCCCCACUUCACCGGUGAAUCCUUGCAUUCCUUCUUGAAACCGGUGGAAAUUGUUUCUGUAGAGAUAACCUCCACUGUGGAUGCUGUUGCACCCUGUGGGCCAGAGGCGACACUACUAGAGAAGAUGAGAAGCAAAGGAAACCACGAGUCCGCCAGUUCCAACUUCUCCAACCCCAGUUACUCCCAGCUGUGUCCUCCUCCUCCUGUCUCCUCGCUCACUGCGGGAAAUCUGGAGCCCUGUGCCUCCGAUACACCUUAUGGGCCUGUUAGUAGUCAAGGUGAAGGUAAAAAUGAAGUGAAGGAUAGGGAUGAGGUGAGAGGGAAAGAAGUGGAGAUCCUACAGUUGCUCUCCAAAGGCAGCAACAACAGUGAGCCUAUGCCGGUAAUUUCAGACUAUGAGAAGGUUGAGAAGCUCCAGGUCAGGUGCAGUGGCCAGAUCAGUCAAGAGAGGAGGAUAGAGGAGGCAGAUAGCAUAUGUGUGACUAAUUGCCAUGAUGAGGGACCUGAAGACAAGGAGGAGAGGCAGAAAGGGAAUGGAAAAGAAGGAGAUUUACAGAAGUUGUUUGGAGGCAGUGGAUUUGGCAAAUCCAUUCAGGUUUGUUGUGAUUACGAGCCAGUCCGGAAUCUGCAGAAUGACAGCCCCGAGCUCCCUAGCCUGGAUUCAGGCAUUAGCAGUGGGAACGAGGAGCAGGGGAGUCAGGAGGAGAGCCUGGAGGACCUUGAUAAGUCCACUAAAUCUACAGGUCUCCUGUUUCCUCCUCUCUCACCCCCUUUCAGUACCUUACCAUGCUCCUUGCCCUCUUUCGCACCAUUGCCUUUGAACUUUUCUGGGCCAGGUUUGAGUCCAGCUCAGCGACCUCUGCCAACUCAUAUACUAGAAAGGAUUGCUCUUAUAUCUACCAAUAGGUUAGAAGAGCUCUCUGGUGAUGGAUAUAUGCCAGUAAGGCAGGAAGAGAGCUGAAAACGGACAGAAAUCUCACAGUGAAUGCUGUACAAUACAUGUGCAGGAUUCAUGAGAGCCAAGUGUCGGAAUCCAUCAGAUACCUGGUUCUGAGAUUGCAUUGCCAGUUUGUUUUGCCUCUUUUGCUCUCCACAUGGACUGAAUGCAACCAAAGACCUCUACAAACGAAUACCAGAACACUUUAUAUCAAAAUCUUAUCCCUUAUCUACAAGUUCUGCAUUCAUAUACACAUAUCUUAUUAACAAGAUUAACAAGAGCCUGGCAGCUAGAAUGUCCGUUAAUUAUAAUAAUAAUAAUAAUCCGUCAUAUGGACAUUUAUUUAUUUAUACCCAGGGUACAACUCUGAAAGAUGGGUUGAGUUGAAUGAAUGUAUUUGUUUAUAUUUUGUUGUGUUUUGUAUUUUGUUAUUAAGUUAUUCUUUCUGAAGUGCUGAAGUGAAUAUUCUCAGAAAAAGCCAACCUUGUUUAAUGUGACAGCCCGAUAAUGAUAUUAGGUUAGGUUGAAUUUAACAUACUGGGAAAUAAACACUGUCUGCUGCUCCUAUUAGAUGAGAAAGUGCUCAACUACAUAUAUGAUUAAUUAUGAUCUAGCUGUCCGUUAUGGAUGUAUUUUGACUCCACAUGACUUACAAACCGAGGGAGUUGUGAGAUGCUUAAUAAAAGCUGCUAAAUUGAACAGUCAGACACUGACACUGGACACUGAGAUGAUUUCUCAAGGAACAAACCUCACACCUUCUGAUUAAUGUAUAUUAAACCUGUGGAGCUGUUAGAGUAAACUAGUGUUUACCAGAAUUUUAAAAUAUGUAGGCCAAAAUGUAGGCUAAUCGAGGCUUUUAUUUUGGUUUCUAAUGCUGUUUGGUCUGGUUAUGACAAGAUGAUAAUGUUGCAUUCAUAUGACUUUAUAAUACAGAUAAAAAAAAUAAAACAUCUGAAAAAAAUCAAAGAUACUAUAUCUAUCAAACAUCCUUUAGCUUAUAGGUGCAGAUGAAGUGGCUGGUUUUCACUUGCCUGCACAUAAAACCCCCUAAAAACACUGUCAUAUGUUUUUCAGUGGAUUACUCCACUAUGUAAGAAUAGCCUUAAUGGAUAAUUUUGGUAUUUUUAAACCUGGGCCCUAUUUUCACAUAUUUUGGGGUCAAAAUGACUAGUAGGUACAGUGUUUAAUUAAGUAAGUGUAUAAUUUUAGAGCAUUAAAGCCUAAAUUGUAAUUAUUAAUUAUUAGAGCGAUGGUGGUCUACAUUCUCAUUGUUUAAAGUGUUAUAUUUUAAUUCUAGUAUAAAGUUAGGAUCACAGUGUUAAAAUUCUAUAUCUUUAUGUGUGCACCUUUCUGUAUCUAAAUGCCUAGGCUCAGCAGUAGCGUGUGUGUGUGUGUGUGUGUGUGUGUAAGCAAGCAUGUGAGCUUUGGCAGAGAUAGAGGCAGACACACAGCACCAAAACACCAAGAUAGGAAAAUGUAGAAGCAGAUUUUGUGAAAAUUGUGUUACAAAACAUUCAUCAAUAUGUUCCAAGAAUGUACUGUUUGUAGCACAAAAACACCAACUUAUUCCACAGUCAGGUUAUGGUUGAAAUAGUAUGAUUAGCCGAGGGCAUGGGGGGGGGAGCAGUGCAGCCAGGAACAAUUAAAUAAAAAUCCACCGAAAGGUUGGAAAGCAAUGACAAAAAGAGAGACACCCAAAACAGUCAUAGUGAAAUAAAAGUGAUAAAAGUCCACCAAAUUUUGAAUGGUUGGAAAAUGAUGAGAAAAGAGAGACAGCCGAAAAUUUGGGACUUUCCCAGAUCCAGAUCAGCAGGAAAGAGAGCGAAGAGAUUAUAUAUAACGCUUAGAUACAGAGCUAUAAAAGGAGGUCCAAAAGGAAUUGAAAGUCAGUUGUUACAACAUACAUACAGCUCGGGUCUCUGUUCUGGUCACAGAAUUGGACUCUAUUUUGACCCUCUCCAGUGAAACUAUUCUAAGUGGUGUCUAUUUCUGUUGACAAUAAAAAUGUUGGUAAAA